UUGGCAGAAUCGUACCCACUUGUGGUUCCUCUCUUAGCUCUACUCGACGUAUCCGAAGUUUCUCAUCGCAUGGAAGGAGGAGAGAGCUUGUUAGACACGCUUUUUGAUGAGGAAGGUGUUGAUGAUACUCGAGAUGUUGAGAUGCUUGACGUUGAGGAAGGUGAAUUAAUUGAGGAGAAAUUGAACACAAGAGGGGAAAGUUGUGAUGGUAGUGAUAAGCUAAAUCAAGGAUCUGACACGAGGAUUUCUAGGCGGAGGAAGAAGAAAAAAAGAAAGAAUAAACAGAGAGGAGGAAAUAGCAUUGAUCCUAAUGUAAAUAAUAUCAAUAGGUUUGUUUUGGGUGCGUGCAAGCGCUUGAGAGAGAAAAAAUCUUAUCUUAUGUGGACUGCUGUUGGUUGUCUUGGUGUAUCUGCUUUGAGUGAUCUUAUCAACGAGGUUGAUGCCAUUCAAGCUUGUGGUGGCCAGAAGACUGCUGACGGGCGCCGUUUUAGGAAUGGUGGCGGCAUAUUAUGGAAUAUCAUUAAAGCACGGGAUCCAAAUGCUUACAAAGAGAUAAUGCGAAAGGGAAAAGAGUUUGAGAAACUAUUUAAGCAGCAAUUUAAUGAGAAGAAAGAACCCAAGCAACAAACUGAUGCUGCUGCUGUGCUCAAUCGCAUGGAUAGCCUGGCACUAAAGCCUGAUGAUCCAAAUGAGCCUGAGCUGUCGGCUGCUGGGCAGAAGAAAGAUGAUCCAAAUGAGCCUGGGCUGUCGACUGCUGGGCAGAAGAAAGGAUCUGUUCAUGAUCGAAUCCGAGUGCAAGUUAAAUAUGACGAUUUUCUUGUGAAGGAGGAAUGCUCCAAAGAUGGAAACAACACUACCUGAAUGAAGAUUGACUGAUACCUUCCCCCUCAAGGUCACAUUUUUUGCACUUGCCUCUUCUUCCUCUCUCACUUUGGUGCUUUACUACUGUCACAUUUUUCUUUUCAAAUGAUAUGUGCACAUUACAGUUGCCUGAGUUGGUUUUUGAUCUUA